AUGGGGAAUUCCAGCAGUAUAUCGGCUGCUGCUGUCGAGGAGGCCAAAAUCCAGACUCACAUGACUGAUGAAGAAGUCCAAAGGCUCAAACGGAGAUUCCAGAAGUUUGUCGGAAAGCGAAACACUGAGGCAACUCUCGAAGAGUUUUCUUCCCUUCCAGAACUAUCCAAUAACCCAUACGUCCCUCGUCUUUUCGCGCUUAUGGACCUAGAUCGCAACGGGAAAAUCAACUUCUUAGAAUUCUGCCUUGGCAUGGGAAUGUAUCGCUCUUUGCGGAAAACGAGAGACGGAAAAAUACAGCUACUCAUGAAGCUUCAUGAUCGCGACAACGACGGAAAGCUUUCGAUUUCGGAAUUGACGGAUCUUCUGUCUGUUACUGCGGGAAAGAGUCUUUCUGCAGAGCUGCUGGGUCAGGCUGCCAGUUCUCUUCUUUCUGCGUACGAUGCCGAUAAGGAUGAUCCAGCCGUGUCCGCGUCUCCCCCGUGCGGUCCGACAAGCGCGAUGCGACCCCUAGCCUCCGUUGCGUUAACUCCUCUAGCGAAAUGGAAGCUCAAAGGAGCUGCGAAAGCAGCCAAGGCACAACCGAUGCCGUCGCUGCUCCAGGAAUUGGCUAGACUAGGGCCUUUGAGAGUUCAUUUGGUUGACGGGGCAGUGGUAGCAGAAGUAACGGCUACCCAAGCGGCUGUGUUAGAAGCUGCCGCGUUCGGGAGAGAGAUGGGGGAUUGGGGAGGGGGGAUAACAAGAAUGAGUGAACCGGCGGUAGAGAAAACAGCUGGGGAGUCUGAGUUAAGGGAGGAGGCAGAGAGCGCUGCAAGUAUUAGAACACAAGAAGACUCAGCAGCACGAGCAGCCAAAGAAGACGAGACCGGUUUUUCAUCGGCAACAGCAGCAGGAGCAGCAGCAGUGGCAGCAGCAGGGGGAACACUGCUUUUGUUGUUUCUUCGAACCAGGAGUGGCACAAGCGUGAACUUGGAUUGGCUUUCAGGCUUUCGUGCAGCUGCUACUGCGACCACCCCAGGCGCCACUGUUACUGCCAGCGCUGCCCGUGCUGUUGUGGCCUUAGUGGCAAUGACAACCGUGACAAUAGCAGGCGUUGCAGUGGGGAUGCUCCCGUCAAUUCGCCGAAUCUUGCAGCAUAGCACCAAGAGAGGAAACGUCGAUUGCUUCGACAUGAGCAGCGUCAGCAUACCUUUGAGUAACGAGCUUCCAUCUUGCAUUGUUCUGCUGUCGCUUGAAGAGCUGGUGUUUCUGUGCACUCAUGUCAAGUGCAUGGUCUAUGUGGACCAUGAUACCAACAUGCAUACGGCGUGUGAAGGAGAUUUGGAACGAAGAGCGGAGCAGCAGAGCAUGAAACGAAGGGACGAGCCUGCAGCAGCCGCACCAAGUCAGCAGCUAGGGUUUCAGCAGACCAGCAACACGGAAGAUGUCGGCAGGAGAGAUUGUAGUGGUGGGGAUGGUAACUGGAGCGGUAGUGCUAGCAGAGAUAGCAGCAGGGGAGAUGAGCACUCCCUUGGACCAACAGCAACAUGGGCGGAGGUAAAAGAUCAGGAGCUGGUGCAGUAUGGUGAGGUGUGGAGGAGAGGGUUCGGGGCGAUGGCAGCAGUGUAUGGGCUGCUUAGAGGGAGAAACUGGGUGGUGCGACCAGGGUUGCAGUUUGGCAGCCAUUUCACAGCGUACCAACAUCACCCCGCUCUCGUGCAUUCCAACUUCAUGGUUCUGGUCAGUGGUCCAAGGCUCAACAAUGCCAUUCCAACAUGGAACGAUUUACAUGCCACUGUUCGCCUUGCUUCCACUGUAGCCAAGAAACUACUGAUUGCAUAUGUGGAUGCGGAGAAGGCUGAUGAGGACGGAUUCAAGGGCCUUGAAGCAGAUAUGCUGGGGACGGAAAUCACAGAGGCAAGUACUGGUGGAGCAUAA